GAUGGUUCAGUGAAACUGGUUUGCAUGCCCUGUAAGUCCAACAAAUCCGGUCAGCCAUGAACGCCACAAGAGCAACGUCGCAAAACCGUCAUCACGCAGUUACGUCACGUCGUUUGUCCAAUCAGGAGGAGAUUUCGAAUCUCCGGAAAGAAGCAGAUGAUAUGGCGGCUUUGAGGGCGACCAAGUGGGACUUGCUUCGUUAACACGACUACAGACGAUUGUGAGCAUGCUUUGACUCGGAGAGGGUGACGAAGCAGCUGCCCAAAAUGAUUUACUUAAUCUUGAUUUCGGCAUUGUCCGGAGCAGUCAUUACAUUGCUUUUGCAGCUCUUGUUGCUCUACCGGAGGAGUCCAGAGGCUCUCGAAAGGACAGAGCAGUACGCCAAAGUAGUGGCUGAUAACGCGUUAAAGGAUUACUUUAAUGCCCAGAAUGUGGAUCCAGGCCAGUUGCAGCAGCAGGACGGUCAAGGGGCCGCCUCGACCAGACAGCAGGAAGCUGCUGAUAUCGGCGGCAGUCCCAAACAGCACCAGUCGCCGCCUGCGCACAGCGACUCGGCUGAGCCCGAAAGCUGUCAUUUCCUCAAUGCCAUCUUUUUGUUCCUAUUUAGGGAGCUGCGAGACACUCCUGUCGUCAGACACUGGCUCACCAAAAAGAUCAAGGUCGAGUUUGAGGAGCUGCUCCAGACCAAGACAGCGGGUCGGCUGCUGGAGGGACUCAGCCUGCGAGAUAUUUCUUUAGGCAAUUCUCUUCCGGUGUUCAAAACAGCUAAACUUCUGAAGCCGGUGCAUAUGAACGAGGACGGCAUGCCGGAGGAGCUCAACUUCGAAGUGGACAUUGAGUACAAUGGCGGCUUCCACCUGGCCAUUGACGUGGAGUUGGUGUUCUGGAAGUCUGCUUACCUGUUCGUCAAGAUGAGGCGCGUGGUGGGCAAACUGAGGCUGCAGUUCACCCGCGUACCCUUCACCCACUGGUCCUUCGCAUUCCUCGAGGACCCGCUUGUGGAUUUUGAGGUCAAGUCCCAGUUUGAAGGCAGGCCGCUUCCACAGCUCACCUCCAUCAUCGUCAACCAGCUCAAACGGGUCAUCAAAAAGAAACACACACUACCCAACUACAAAAUAAGAUACAAGCCUUUCUUCCCAUUCCAAGUGCAGCCACCUCUGGGAUCGACCUCUGAUUUAGAAUUGUCAGUCCAGGAUAGCAGACUUGUGGAAGGCCGUCUGAAAGUCACUCUUAUUGAAUGUAGCAGACUGUUUAUCCUGGGUUCAUAUGAAAGAGAAACCUAUGUUCACUGUACUCUGGAGCUCAGCAGCCACCAGUGGAAGGAAAAGACCCGUAGCUCAAUCAAACGAACCGAGAUUAUCAAGGGACUGUGUGGCAACGUCGGAAUGACAUUCAGGCAUGUACCUGCAAGUGAGGGGGAUGCAGUCCAUGUAAGCAUUGAGACCGUCACACCAAACUCCCCUGCAGCCUUGGCAGAAUUGCAGCGAGGUGAUCGUCUCAUUGCAAUCGGAGGUGUCAAAGUGACAUCCUCAGUUCAAGUACCCAAACUUCUGAAGCAGGCUGGCGACAGGGUAGUGGUACUGUAUGAGAGGCCGGUCCGCCACCACACUCCAUCACUCGGAAGCCUGGUAACGCUUCAAGAGGGAUUUGGGCAGCUUGAAGAACCCAGUUUCAUAUCCCAGUCAGGGGGUUAUGAAGAAGACCCGGCCCCAAUCACCACUCUGUCUGACAUAACUGACAGUAAAGACAUGGACUCAGAAUUUGAAGACUUGAUUAUCGACUCCAAACCCAGCCAGAAUGUUGGCCCCAUCAACACUAGUGAUGCUAAGGAUGAUUUUUUACUUUCAGUAAACCAAAGCCCGCAAAAAACAGUGGCCAACUUGGCUUCUAAGCCUCUUGGGACUAUAUCACCCAUCCUCAACCGUAAACUCAACCUGGUUGGCCUCCAGUCCCCGCUAAAGCCCCAGCCUAAAGAAUCACCCAAACCCCCUCGACAAAAGGCAGGCAAUGAUUCAGGAGAUAAUUUGCAACGACCCACUGUACCCCCUCCCCCCCCUCCUUCUCGUCCCCCAGUGCCUCCAAGACCUCAAAUACGGUUGUCAUCUGCCAGCUCAGAAGCAGUUUUUUCUGAAAGUGUUGAUUCUACUACAAACAUAAUUCCUGUAAUUCCCACUGCAACCUUCACUACCGUUGCUUCUGAGAAAUCUCCAGAAAAAGCCCCUCCACCUGUAGCCAAUGAAGACAUGGCUGGCACUGAGAAGAUGGGCAUCAAACCCAUGGAGGCAAAGUCCACCAGGCCAACAGAGUCCAGUGAGGAUAUUUCAAUUUCAUCCUCCACUUGCAGCAAAGUAGACCAGACAAAGGACAAAGUUUCAGAGAGUUCCUGCAGCACACGGGACAGUCUAGAAGAGCACUCUCUCUGGGAAUCUCCAGAAACAAUGUUUCGAAAUCAGACAGCACAUUGGCCCAAGGCCUCGGUUGUAUUUGAGGUAGAGAGCAACCAUAAGUAUCUUAAUGUGGCCCUUUGGUGUAAAGAUCCCUUUAAGCUGGGAAGUUUGUUGUGCCUGGGCCAUGUCAGCCUCCAGAUUGAGCAUGUAGCCCUUGAAUGUAUGGGAACAUCUUCAGCAGAAUAUCAAAGCACAUUUAGGCUUGGGCCUCCAGAGCCUCGAGCUAAUGUCAGCCGCACUGCACUACGGAGUCUCAGUACUCACAAGGGCUUCAAUGAAAAGUUAUGUUAUGGCGAUGUUAGUCUAAAUUUCUGUUAUCUAGCAGGUGAUGAGUUAGACUACCCUGGACUGGUAGAGAGGGAGGGGGAGGGGAGUCUCCAAGAGGAAGAUCUAAGGGAGCGGGAGAGGGAACAUAUCUCCACAGCCCCACGUGAUGACUUGGCCUACAGUGCCAUGCAGCUUGUUGAGGUUCGCCACAACUUCCAGGACACCCAAUUCCAAAACCCUACCUGGUGUGAAUAUUGCAAAAAGAAAGUUUGGACCAAGGCAGCAUCACAGUGUAUGAUCUGCGCCUAUGUUUGCCACAAGAAAUGCCAGGAAAAAUGCCUCGCUGAAAAUCCUUUCUGCGUGGCAGCAACUGAACGUCGAGGAGCUGACCCUGAGGCCAAGUCCACCAUUAAUCGGGCCACCACUGGUUUAACCCGCCAUAUCAUCAACACGAGCUCUCGUCUACUGAACCUGCGCCAGGCUCCUAAGACUCGCCUGGUUGAGCAGGUAGCUGAUGUGGUGCCUGGAGCAGUCGAUCCUUCACCUAAACACACUCCAAACACCUCAGACAAUGAGAGCAGUGAUACAGAGACAUAUACCAGUGGUGCCAGCCCAUCCAAACAACCUGCUGGCAGUGCAGGUAGCACCAAACUUGUUCGCAAGGAGUGUGGUUUGGAUGAUAGCGUGUUCAUUGCUGUAAAAGAGAUAGGCCGCGACCUCUAUCGAGGUUUGCCUCCAGAUGAGCGCUCCCAAAAACUUGAGCUGAUGUUGGACAAGUUGCAGCAGGAAAUCGAUCAGGAAUUGGAGCACAACAAUGCUCUUUUGAUAGAGGAGAGGGAGACAAGCGAUCCCAGGCGCAAGGUGCUCAUUAGUUCGGCCCUGUCCAAGUCUGGGGAAAGACUUCAGGCACUCACUUUGCUCAUGAUUCACUACCGUGCAGGCAUUGAGGACUUGGAGUCAGUGGAGAGCACCUCUCCUUUGGAGCAACAAUGUUUUAAGGGCAAAGGAGAUGGCUUAGAGGAGGAGGCCUUGAUGGGAGCAGAGGUCUAUGACAGUGACAUAUGCAGCCCAGUGGAAUUGCAACUGUUGGAUGACAUUACUGAGGAUCAGAUCUGUGUUGAGGCGCUCCACUAAAUAAGACUAGAAAGGAGAAAAAGAAGGACUGGUAAUGGUUAGGUCACUAUUUGAAAGCGUAAUACCGUCCGUUUUUUUUUUCCCCCCACAAAUACAUAAAGGAAUUUCUUCCUAUUGCUACGUGGUUGCACCGCUCAAUGCUUUUAUUUUGCACUCCAUGUUUACAAAGGGAAAUAGAACACUGUAGUGUUGCUGAGAUAUUGUUGAAUCCAAUUCCAAAUGUCUUCAAAAAGUUUGCCCUUCUCAAUGAUGUUUUCACACUUUUUUUCUUUUUUGCAAUGAAAGUAAUUUUUCAAAAGUAGUCCAAAACAACUCCAGCAGAUCACAUGAGGUGUACAUUUCUCAUGAACACUGCAGUCAAGCUUUCUUACUUUGUUUGUUUAAAACCACUUUUAAAUGCAGACCUUUUAAUAUAUAUAAAUGAGUUCCUUCUCUUGGGGGUUUCAACAGUUGAAAAAUAAUUUGAAUGUGUUUUUGUUUUUAUUUCAGGACUAUCACAGUUUCACAUGCCAUUUAUCCAUAAAAUGUUUUUGUCCAAGAUUUAAAGUGAUUGCCCUUGUUUUUGUUUUAAGUAAAUUCUUUAAAUAUUUAUUUCAUGUUAUGUAUGCCAAAAACUUGGUAGAUUAUUGCUUUUGUUAUAAUCUCGCAAUGAAAUUUAACCCAUAUUUUGAGCUAAUGUGUUUUUCUUCUUGUGUAUUCAGUUUGCUUCUUAUGUGUAAGGGGAAAAUAUUAGUACAGUACUUGCAAAGAUAUUUCUGUGUGGCUUGUUUUCAUGAGUGGUUUGAAUGCCCAAAUAAGUGUUUCCCAUCGUGCCUUUUUUGUUUUGUCAUCACUUAAUUCAUUGUUUGUCAACAUUGAGCACAGGCUUUAGCCCUAAAAGCCAUCAGCUCCCUAAAGGUUAUUUUCGCUUAUUUUUUUAUGUCCCUGGAGAACCAACCACUUGACAUUCUUUUUUUUAAUUACUAAUGCAUUGUAUCAACAUUCGUUAUUUCUGUGCGUUUUGCCAUCCUAGUGCCACUUCCAAUAUGUGCUUCAUUAAUAGAUUCUACCAUUAGAUAGUAGUCAAUCUUUGCUAUCAGUUCUCCUGAAUUUUAAUGUGAAACAAAAAACAAGCAAGUUAUUAAGUUGGAUGCAAUUACAGCCAAAAUUAACCCAACAUGAGGCAGAACAUAAAAAUUGGAAUGCCAGUUUUGAGUAAGCACCAUCUGAAAUGCUGCCUAGUAUUAAUAAACCCAGUAUAAAUGCUGUAAAAUUCCCAUCAAUUUCUUGUAUAGAAUUGUUUUUUUUUAUCUAGAGCUGGUUGAUUGAGCUGCUAUGCUCAAUCUUCAUCAAACUGUGCUGCAGGCUGACACCUCAGUAAAUUUUCAUAUUUCCAACGCUUACCAUCCUCAACAGUAAUAAUUUACUAUUUCUCUAUCAAAUAUUGAAAAGCCAACAACGCAAAAUACCCCAUUCCAGCUAAAACACGAGGUGGUUGACAGUAUGCAGACAAUCACAGUGAGAUGACCACACUUGCAUUGUAUUACAAAUUCAUAUGACUGUGAACUACGAUUGAGAUAACCAGCCUUGGUCUUUUAAUGUCAAACUUUGUCUUCAAACAAUUUUACUGCCUACAUCUUGCACCUUGGAAAUUCUCUUCAGGUAGAGUUCAUAGUGCUGUUGGAUGGAGCACAAACGCCUGGAAAAUCUGAAGUCUCUGUGACCUUUAACUACCCACAUUGAAUUUCCAAGUUCCCAAGAAGUAUUAGGGCUGCAUUGUAAAAUUUUAAAAUGAUGAGCAUUGUCAUGAUGUUGUGAGAAACAAAUGUAUAUAAAGCAGUUUUCAAAAUGUGGAUGUCCGUUACCUUUAUUGAAAGAUCCGUCAUACCAUCUUCGAGGACCAUCAUUAGAUACAUUGCCUUGUGAAAGUAUUCAGCCCCCUUCAAGUUUUCAACCUUUCGCUACAUUUCAGGCUUCAAACAUAAAGAUAUAAAAUGUAAUUUUUUUCGUCAAGAAUCAACAAGUGGGACACAAUCGUGAAGUGGAAUGAAUUUUAUUGGAUAGUUUAAACUUUUUUUUAACAAAUUAAAAGCUGAAAAGUGGCGUGUGCAAUAUUAUUCGUCCCCCUUGCAUUAAUACUUUGUAGUGCCAUCUUUUGCAGCAAUUACAGUUGCAAGUCACUUGGGGUAUGUCUCUAUCAGUUUUGCCCAUUGAGAGACUGAAAUUCUUGCCCAUUCUUCCUUGCAAAACAGCUCGAACUCGGUGAGAUUGGACGGAGAGCCCUGCCCACAGAUUCUCCAUUGGAUUCAAGUCUGGACUUCGACUCAGCCAUUCUAACACCUGGAUACGUUUAUUUGUGAACCAUUCCAUUGUAGAUUUGGCUUUAUGUUUUGGAUCAUUGUCCUGCUGGAAGAUAAAUCGCCGUCCCAGUCUCCGGUCUUUUGCAGACUCCCAACAGGUUUGUUUUUCAGAAUGGUCCUGUAUUUGGCUCUUUUCAUCUUCCCAUCAAUUUGAACCAUCUAUCCUGUCCCUGCUGAAGAAAAGCUGGCCCAAACCACGAGGCUGCCACCACCAUGUUUGACAGUGGGGAUUGUGUGUUCAGGGUGAUGAGCUGUGUUGCUUUUAUGCCAAACAUAUCAUUUUGCAUUGUGGCCAAAAAGUUCAAUUUUGGUUUCAUCUGACCAGAGCACCUUCUUCCACGUUUGGCGUGUCUCCCAGGUGGUUUGUGGCAAACUUUAAAUGAGACUUUUUAUAGAUAUCUUUGAGAAAUGGCUUUCUUCUUGCCACUCUUCCAUAAAGGCCAGAUUUGUGCAGUGUACGACUUGACUGUUGUCCCAUGGGCCUCUUGGCUGCAUCUCUGAUCAGUCUUCUCCUUGUUUGAGGUGAAAGUUUAAAUGGAAGGCCGGGUCUUAGUAGAUUUGCAGUGGUCUGAUAUUCCUUUUGUUUCCAUAUGAUUGCUUGCACAGUUUCUUGAGAUGUUUAAAGCUUGGGAAAUCUUUUUGUAUCCAAAUCUGGCUUUAAACUUCUCCACAACAGUAUCUCGGACCUGCCUGAUAUGUUCCUUGGUCUUCAUUUCACUUUAAACCAAACCCUGAGACUAUCACAGAGCAGGUGCAUUGAUAUGGAGACUUGAUUACACACAGGUGGAUUCUAUUUAUCAUCAUCAGUCAACAUUGGAUCAUUCAGAGAUCCUCACUGAACUUAUGGAGUGCAAUUUACUGACCGAAUAAUAUUGCACGUCCCACUUUUCAGUUUUUUUAUUUGUAUAUUAUUGUAUGUAUAUUUUAUUAGUAUAAAACAUGCAAUACAUUUCGUUCCACUUCACGAUUGUGACCCGUUUGUUGUUGAUUCUUGACAAAAAAUGAAAAUUUUAUAUCUUAUAUAUGUUUGAAGCCUGAAAUGUGGCAAAAGGUUGAAAACUUCAAGGGGGCCGAAUACUUUCACAAGGAACUGAAAAGUUACACUAAAGUGUAACUCUACAACAUCAACACCCGUCUUUUGUGACACAUGUGUAUCUUUCUGCUCAGCAUUCAAUUUUGUCUUUUUAGUCUCAUGAUGUUUUCCCGCUUCUCAGUAUUUCCUCCCACUUUUUAAUACAAGCGGAUGUUGGUCCAAAAUUAGCAUUUUUGACAGACUUGCAUGGCUGUCAAUGUUGCAGAGACGUAACAAAGAAGAAGCCACCUAAUUGACUACCUUUUUGCUAGUUUUCUCAGUGUACCUUAACUCAGAUUGGAUAUUGGCUGGAUGAUUUCUAUGUCUUCGUCUGUCACUAUACGUUCCGAUUUUGUGCAAUAUUUUUGUUGGACGAUGAUGAAGAAUGACUGCAUAAUAUUUCUUUCAUAAUUAGUGUAGCCUGCAUACCUACCUAUCUGUCUGAUAAAGUCACGGAGUCUCUCAAAACCCGAGAAGUGAGAUUCACUGUAAAACGCUUUGCUUUUGCCUCUGCUGCUGCUGUGACAAUUUGAUUGACCACAGUACUGUUUCUUGCGUGUACCCAUUGCAGCUUUUCAGCGGGUAAAAAUGUGUGUGGUGUUCAUAUGGGUGGGCUAUUGUGCACCGUUUUUCUGAAGGUUCAUAUGUUGAAGCUUUAUUGUACUUAACACUCAAUAAAAA